GUGGAACGAAAAAUGCCAGUGAAAUGUUGUUUCCACAGGUCACCAACGACAGAUACAGUGGCGUGGUCUGAAAAUAUGGACACUCUCUUAACCAACCAAGCUGGUCUAGAUGCCUUUCGAACAUUUCUAAAAUCAGAGUAUAGUGAAGAAAAUGUUGAGUUCUGGCUGGCCUGUGAAGACUUCAAGAAAACAGAAAGUGCAGAAAAAAUUGUUUCCAAAGCCAAGAAGAUUUAUUCUGAAUUCAUUGAAGCUGAUGCCCCUAAAGAGAUUAACAUUGAUUUCAGCACCAGGGAUCUCAUCUCAAAGAAUAUUGCAGAACCAACGCUCAAAUGCUUUGACGAGGCCCAGAAGCUCAUCUAUAGUCUCAUGGCCAAGGAUUCGUUUCCUCGAUUUCUCAAGUCAGAGGUUUAUAAGAAACUGGUCAAUAGCAAACAGGUUGGAAAUCAUAAAAAAUGGCUCCCUUUCUUGUAA